UGUUGCAUGCCCUCCUAGGCCACCCCUCUGGCCCCACCAACAGGAACAGUUCUAUUUCCUUAAAAAUACAAAAUAUUGUGCAAAUGCCAUUUUUCUCAUUACUGUUGUUUUCAGUAAAAUGAGUAAAAGUACCCAAAACAAAACAGACUUUUCUAAAAUGAUAAAAAUGGAAAAUAAAAAUAAUGCUUACACUAAUAUCUUACAAAUCAGGCAAAUAUUUCAUGUUAGAAAAAAAAACACACAAGACAAAAACAAAAAACUGAUUUGUUCAGAGGCGCAGUGUUGUGUCAAAAUUGCAGAGCUUCCUGCCAUGUCAGUUCCUGAAAACUUCUUUUGGAAACAGUCGUUAAGAAAGUCUUUCUAAGCAAGAAAAAUUUGAUCAGCCAGAAGAUGUCUUUUGAGAGAAGAAUGGGUUCCCUGUUGCUGUUUGGACUAUCUCUCAUAUCUCUUACAAGAGAAGCAGCUGGCCUUCACUCAUCUGAUAAUUUGCUGAUGGCUGCCAGAGAAGGAGACCAAAUAAUUUUACCAUGUCAGUUACCUUCUAUUACACCCUGUUCCUCUAUCAACUGGAAAAUGUUGCCAUUCUUUACUGAACUGGUGAAAGCUGGAAAAGUGACACACCCUGAAAACAACAAGUAUCGUCUGCUAAAGUCCUGCUCUCUGGAGAUUACUCACUUCAAAUGGGAUGAUGCAAAAGAGUACUCUUGUGAUGAUGGAAAACUCAGUUCAACUGUGUCACUUCGGAUUCUUAAUGUUACAGUUAAAGAAACACCUGCAGAUGGCACAAUGGAGCUUCACUGUUCUCUCAACAUGUUCCAUGGAUAUGUGCCGUGUAACAACACAGAGCUUUAUAUGCUGUGGACUACUGAAGACAAUAUGCCUAUACAUGGAAAAAGAUUUACAACUGAGAAUCUCUCUGUUUGCUUCUCGAAGCUAAUUUUCACUAAAAAGCCAACAGAUCACCGUAGAAAAUGGAAGUGCCAUGUAAUUCAGAAUGAUGAGUUUAAAGCUACCAUCAGUUAUACAACAAUACUAAAAGAUGGUAUAGAGGAAGUGUUUGCUGCAGUGGGUGACUCAGUGUCAGUCACUUGCAGCAACAGUUCCUCUCUCAGUUUUGGAGGCAGCACAGAACGGACAGUAGGUGAAAAGCCGCUGAGAGAUUCAUCUUCUGAUCAUGACCAUACAGAAGUAUUUCAUGUAAAUAAAGACUCACCUUUAGUCAUCAAUAAACUGACACCUCUGCAUGCUGGAGACACACAGUGUACAGAGUUUACAGGUCAGGAAGUUGUCCAUACCAAACUCAGGCUGCACAUCCUUGACGUAACUGCAGAGUCUGGACCAGGAGGAGAUAAUCUCACUUUGACUUGUGUGCUUACCUGUGCCACAGAAUGUGAAGAAGAUUUCAAUUUAACUUGGUCUGGAACAAAAGAGGGCCAGCAGAGCACAUUAAAGAAAGUCAAUAACACCUUGAUAAAGAUGCUAUUUUUCCCUGUGUGGCCAAUAAGUUCAGCUGAAAUAACCUGUUCUGUGCUCAGAGAAGGAGCACUGAUGGCAUCAAAGAAGUGGCGCUCUGUUAACUGUCUGCUAACACCCGCCUGGUUAGGCCUCCCGCUUGGCCUCCUGAUACUUGCAGGAGUGCUAUGCGUGCUCUUGAAGAGGAAGCAUAACAAGGAUGCAGCAAAAGAACAGUCAAGUAUUGGAAUGACUCAUGUGUAUGAUGUCAUUGAAGAUGAGGAAGUACAAGUACAACCGAGACAAGCUAAAAGAGAAGCGGCCACCACAGCUAACGGUCUCUAUGAUUUACUGCAGGCUGUAGACUAGACCGAAAUAAAAAAAAUGCUCA